AUAGAAUGGACCCGAUAGACAUCUUUCUCAGUCUGGUCAUCUGAACUGAUGCCCACUCUUUACACCACAACUGGAUCUCCAGAGAGAGGCUAUCAGAGUGUUCUGACCACCUCUGAGAAUGACACAGGCAACACUAUCAUCUACCGCUGCACUGCUACAGUAUCCAGUUACUCCAACUUCAGUGAAAUUACUGUACAUGUUAAAGCAAUCGCUCCUAGCCCUAGUACUCAGAGUCUCACUCUCACGUCUACCACUGUUUCUGUCAGUAGUUCUACCAUUGCUCAAAGCAUCAGUGAUGGUGGUAGUGGUGAAGAUACAUACGGUAUGCCCACAACUUCAUCCAUUGCCAGCACGAACAGUGACAUUUUUGAAAUUGCUAUCCCCACUGCCACAACUAUCACUCCCAAAAGCACGACUGCGAAAUAUAUGGAGCAGUGUACUAAAACAAUCACUCUCACCACCACGGUCACUUCUACUCCUGUCAGUGAAAUAUGUGCAUGUAAAAAUGUUGACAAGGAGCCAUUUACUGAGAGCACUGCAGUAAUAGCUGGAGGUGUGGGUGGAGGAAUAAUACUCUGUCAGAUCCUUGUCUGUCUCCCCAUUGCCAUAUUUUGCAUCUGCAACAGAUCAGCAUACAGUAAGAAGGUGGAGACCCACAGUAACACAGCCUAUGGAGUGGUACCAGCAAGAAGAAGGGAGGAACCAGAAUAUGAAAUUUGUUUACGUGCCCGCAGCAGCCUCCAAAGAGUGUGACCAAAGAACUGAGAUUCCCACACAACACAAAGCUGCUGUCUGUGGUUGUAACAGAGACUGUCGUCUUCUCCUUGUUUCCUUGGAAUCCUGCUAGAGACCUGUGAGCAUUGAGGGCAGUGGGUGGGUGGAGUCUAAUAAUUAUACAAGAGGAGAGGUUUGAGGCACACACCAUUCCCUUUUAUGUAUCAGUUAACUGAUAAACAGUGUGCUAUAAUACACAGGUGUGUAUGUAUUAAGGGCUCCAAUCUUCGAAAAGUUGUUGUUUUGUGCACAGUCGUUUUUCCAAUGUUGAUUUGGGGUCUUAUGUAAAGUUAGUUAUGCUGACUCUAGAGCCUAAUCAUCAAACAGUAUUACUUUUGGAGAAGAUAAGAUGUCACUAGAAGGUGUACUUGUCAGAGCCAUAGCUUUACUGUUAGUUCGGAGUUGCCAGGCACUGCCUCAAUUUAUACACGAGGGACACUUUCUGUCCAACAAUUCCUUCAUCUACUAUCCUGAUAUUGGUGAUUAUGGAGAUCGUGCUCUAAAGUGUGUGACUGACAGUGUAAACUGCUGCAAUAACUCUACUGUUGGUGGCUGGAGAGAUGAGAGUGGGAGACCAGUCUACCAGGGAGCAGAUGGGACCACUUGUCUGUAUGUCACUAGAGGAGAUGGAGUGAUCAGUCUAAAUCGCAAGAGAGGUUGUACUGACCACACAUCAGGACUGUGGAGAUGUGAUAUACCUGAUUCCAGUGGAGAGAGUCAGAGCCUCUACAUCUAUAUCAGCAAUAGAAGAGCAUAUGGACAAUUGGUCUUGCUGUCUGUGAACUUCACUCUACACACUGAGCUCAGAGCAAGUGUUCCUGAAUUCACUAUCUCCUGCCGUACUCAUGGAGGACCUGCCACAACUGUCCAGUGGACAGUAAAUGGAGUCCCAGUACAGGAAAACAGAUAUUAUGAGACCAGUCAGCUCAUACUGGACACAUCUCUCAACUCUGUCUAUGACACCAGAUUGAGAGUAAAAGGAAGAAAAUGUGGGACUUACAACUGUACAAUCAGCAAUAAUAUUAGAGAUUACUUACCUGAGGCAUCCAUUGAUGAAGUUAAUGGAUCUAAGACCAUUAUUGUGGCAAGAGAGCCCACUAAUCUUACCACAGUCAUCCCUGAGUCCAACAGUACACAUGUUAACAUCACUGUGUCUUGGGAGUCACAAGACUAUGUCGUCUACUACCAGCCUAAGGAAGGACCAGUCAUCAGUGACAGGGUGUCUGGAGGAGAGACAGACACACACUCACUGGAUGGUCUUCAGAGAGGAGUCACCUACUACAUCUCCAUAGUGGCUCUGUCACCUCACCUACCCAGUCCUCUGGUUGGACCUAUCACUGUCAUUGCUAAUCCACCACUGAUAUACGUAGAGACCUCACCUGAAUCACUCACUACCUCACCAAACAAUCAGUUCUCAGUCAACUGUACUGCCAGAGCUGAGGUUGAUGGACAGAGUAUUCCUGUGGACAUAGAAUGGAUCCGCUUGCCAUCUCUCCUCCAUCUGGUCCAUCUGAACUGAUGCCCACUCUUUACACCACAACUGGAUCUCCAGAGAGAGGCUAUCAGAGUGUUCUGACCACCUCUGAGAAUGACACUAUAAUUAUUGUCUACCGCUGCACUGCUAAAACAUUGCGUUACUCCGAAUCAAAAGAUACCACAGCUUUCAUAAGAGUAGUUCAAAGUCCUCCUAGCAAUGUAACUGAGUGUACUUCCUUUGUGACACUUACAACCACUGUUACUAGCAGUGAAACAACUACUGUAGUAUCUAGUACUAGUAUUAAGCCUAGCACCACCCUUCAAAUCACUGGCACUGCUACCGUUACUGUCACUAAGACUGUCACUCCUGCCGAGGAUAUUGCUCUCAGCAGUCACAGUAGCGCUACAAGACUCUUUUCUCCAACGACCACUCCCGCCAGCAACUCCAAUAUGGUCAUUGCUACCUCUGUUACAUCAGUUAGUGUAAUCACAUGUGCUGAAGAUAUUGAGCCAUGUACAAGAAGAAGCAUCACUCCAACCAGAAAAAAUAUGGUCAUUGCUACUCCUGCUACUCCUUUCAGUGAAACAUGCUCAUGUACUAAAGAUGUUGACAAGGAGCUAUGUAGUACUGAGAGCACUGCAGUAAUAGCUGGAGGAGUGGGUGGGGGGAUAAUACUCUGUCAGAUCCUUGUCUGUCUCACCCAUUGCCAUAUUUUGCAUCUGCAACAGAUCAGCAUACAGUAAGAAGGUGGAGACCCACAGUAACACAGCCUAUGGAGUGGUACCAGCAAGAAGAAGGGAGGAACCUGUGUAUGAUGUGAUUAAUCAGCCUCUGAAUCAAAGUGCUGCUAAACUACCUCUGUCUUCAAAUGUCACCACUGCAUCCACUGUGAUGUAAUAAAGCACCUCUAUCAUAACGAUUUUGACACAGUUAUAGGGCCACUGUAGUAUAGGGCCACUGGUCUUAGUAUAUAUAAUUGCUGUGUAUACUAGAAUAUUACGAUUCCCAAGAAUUUCUCAAGAAGCAUGCGCUCACCAGAAAUAAGACAGGCAGGAAUGCGUUUCUC